AUGAGCUCGAUCCCUCCUCAGUCGGGCCCUCAACCUCAAGGACAGAGCACCGCGACCACCGCUUCCUCCCAGCCCGCCACCUCUACCCCCCUGGCUGCCACUGCUCCGGCGCCGGCCAGGUCCUACGCCAACGCCACGAAGAAGUCCGCGACGGACUCGACCGCCGCUCCCGUCACCGUGGGUGGCUCGGCACAACAUGGGAAGUCGACUUCGGUAUCUCCUGUGAGCGGCAAACCCAUGCAACCCCAAGAACCCCAGCAAUCCGCGUCGCCGGGCGUGACCAUUGUCAAUGGCGCCCCGACGGCCCCUGCUGCAUCUCAAGGCGAUCACUCUCGGAAGCCCUCCGUGACCAUCACCUCCGCCGGCACCUCGGGCUACAUGCCCAACGGUGGGCCUGCCAGUCGUCCCAAUAGCCUUCAGUUCGGUUUCGCCAACCAGCAGAGUUCGCCCAGCAUGGGCAACCAUGCCGUGCCCGCGUCCAACCAGUCGCAGUCUGGUCUGGGUGCCCCGUCGACGAACCCGCGUGUCACCUCUCCGCAGACUUCUCCGUCUCCCAUUCCUCAGCCGGCUUCCAGCGGUGGCCGUCCUCCGCCAUCCACUUACCAAGCGCAGGGUAACGUGCCCAACUUUGGAAGCUUCGGUGAUGCUGGCGAUGCCAACACGCGCCCCACACCACAGGCACCUCUCGGUCCCGGUCCCCAACAUUUGCGCCGCGAAUCUUCCCAGUCGACGCACAGCGACAUGAGCAGCCACAUGGGUAGUGGCCCUGGCCGUGGUGGGUAUCCACACCAGGGCGGUCGCGGUCGUGGAUACUCUCAGUCUGGCUACCAAGGACAGAUGCCAUACUCGCCCGGUCCCAACUUCCGACAGACCCCUAACCAGCCUCGUGGUGGUCCCAACAUGGGCCCGCAAUUCCACGGUCCUAACCAAGGCCGGCCGCUGGCUCCCUUCCCCAACUCGCCGCACCAAGCCAACCGCAGUCCCGCCCUGGCCAACGCACACCCUGCGACGCCUCAAAUGAACCAGGUCCCCAUGGCCCACCCGCAGAUGCCCCCGCAGCCCUACGGCGCGUAUGGUCAGCACAUGGGCCCCCAAACUGUGAGAUAUCCAUCUUUUUCUCGUAAUCCCUCCAACAAACCCGCCCGGCGUGGCAAUUUUUCCAGACAUAGAGCAAAAUCGGCCGUGUCACUCAAUUUUCCCAUCCCGGAUCUUGCGCCUGAGAGCGGCCAGUUUGAACGAUAUCUAACAAUGAUGAAAUCCCACCAGGCCUAUCCCCCUGGGUAUGAUCCCAACUACGGCUACUACAACCCGGCCUAUGGCAUGCAGCAGAUGCAGUACAUGACCCCGCCAUCGCCCCAGCCUCGUCCGGGCAUGCCCUACAAUCCUCAGGCUGGGUAUAUGCCCGGGCAGUACAACGUCCAGCCGCCGCCCCAGUCCACCCCGCUUUCGCGCACCCCCUCCCAGGUUUCUACUGACCGUCCAGGAUCAAGUCUCGGUCAGGGACCCGCCCCGGCAGGACCCCCGGCCCCUGGUCACGCCCACUCUGCCAGCCGAUCGUCCAACAGUCCCGCGCCGGCCAAACCGCACUUCAUCAUUCCCUCCGCUAAAAAGAGCCCGAUUGUCAUCAAAGACCCCGGCAGUGGUGUGGUUAAGACGUUCGACAAGACUCCUGCCUCUCCGGCGCGUGCCACUCCUUCGCCUGUGAAGAUCGCCACCCCUACGUCGACCCCGCCACCGCGGACAGCAAGUGCAACAGAGCACACUCGAUCAGACAGCAAGGCGACUGCUGCGAAGACGGACGAGGAGAAAAAGCAAGAGCUGAAAGACGCUGUGCGCCAGAAGAUCCAAGAAGAUGAGGCGGCGCAGAAGCGCCAGGCCGAGUCUACUCGCAAGACUACUGACGAAACCGAGCCGGCCAAGGCGAAGGAAGGAGAGACUGAGUCUGCCCGUGCUGCGCUCGAAGAUCUUAGCCUGAAAGACAAACCUGCGCCCCCCGAGGAGCCGAAGAAGACUCCGGCUCCUGCUCCCGCCAACGAUGAUGAGAUCGACUUCGACGCCAUUGAGCGUGAGAUGGCUGAGAUUGAAGCCAAGGAACUUGCUGCGGAGCAGGACUACAACCGCAAGAAACAGGCUAAGAAAGACGAGGAAGCACGGAAGGAGCGUGAAGAACGCGAAUCUUACGAGGCCAACAUGAAGAAUGCCGAGCGAGAGGCUGAAGAACGCGAGAUCGCCCGUGAGACUGCUCGCACGCAAAAAACCGAAGUUGUCGAGGACGAGAGUAGCCGCAAGGAGCGCGAAGACCUGUUCGCCUCGCUCAAAAAAGGUGGAUUCCAGGCCACAGAGUCCUCCACGCCUGCCGACAGCGGCGCUGCUACUCCGGUUUCCUCGGAUGUGUCCAUGGGCCCACCGGCGAAGCCUGCCAGUGCUGCCAAGAAGCCCGCCGGCCUGAAGCUCGACACUCCCAAUCCCACCGAACCGCCGCAGCCGAGCGCCGCUAUGAAAUCGCUACACAGUGCCAAGUUCCUGGAGGACCUCAGCAAGGUUACUUACCCGUCCUCAAUCACUGCUCCUAACCCGGCCCUGAAUGCCGCCGCCCCCGCCGGCCGCCAAUUCCACUACGACAGAGACUUCUUGCUCCAGUUCCAGACCGCAUUUAAGGAUAAGCCUUCCGUGGACUGGGACUCGCGCGUGCGGGAGACUGUCGGUGACAGUGAAGCCUCUUCGCGCCCUCAGUCAGCUCGGACCCCUAGCAUGGGUGGCCGCGCUGGCUCGCGCAAUGCCCCCGCCACCAGCUUCCCCAUGGGAAUGGGCAACUUCGGCCAGCCGCAGUCUCGCCACAGCAUGCCGCCUGUCAACCCCUCGCUGGGCGGUCGCAACGCACACCCCUUCGGACCUUUCCCCCGACCAGGUAUGGGUAUGGGCCCUGCCAUGAGCCGCACCAACUCUUCUGGUAUGCCCAUGUCUCCUCGUGUGGCCUCAAGCAAGGGUGGCGCGCGUGCGGGCAGCAAGCGCGACAAGCACUCUGCUAAGAAGGAAGAGGAGGGUAACAAGUCGAUGCCUCUGACAGCCGGCAUGGACCUGAAGGCCCUGACUACCUCAUCCACUGGCUGGAAACCUCGCAGUAUCGGACAGGCGACUACUGGCCCCGCUCCCGGCGGUGACACUUACAUGGCACCGGAUGUGGUGCAGCGCAAGGUUAAGGCCGCUCUCAACAAGAUGACUCCGGAGAAGUUCGAACGUAUUGCCGCCCAGAUUCUGGAAAUUGUUUCUCAGUCAAAGGACGAGUCCGACGGUCGUACCCUUCGCCAGGUUAUCCAACUCACAUUUGAGAAGGCGACCGACGAAGCUCACUGGGCUCCAAUGUACGCCAAGUUCUGCAAGCGUAUGCUGGAAAGCAUGAGCGUUGAGAUCCAGGACGAGAACAUUCGUGACAAGAACGGCAACGUCGUUACCGGCGGCAGUCUCUUCCGAAAGUAUCUACUCAACCGCUGUCAGGAGGAAUUCGAACGCGGCUGGAAGAUCAACCUGCCCGAGAAGCCCGAGGGUGUCACAGAAGAGGUGGCCAUGAUGUCAGACGAGUAUUACCAGGCAGCUGCGGCCAAGCGCCGUGGUCUCGGUCUUGUCAAGUUCAUUGGUGAGCUGUACAAGCUCGGCAUGUUGACUGAGCGAAUCAUGCACGAGUGUGUCAAGAAGCUGGUCGACUACGAGGGCAUUCCCGAUGAGGCUGAAGUCGAAAGCUUGACCAGUCUCCUGCGCACGAUUGGUUCCAGCCUGGAUGCGUCGGAGAAGGGUCCUGCCAUGAUGGACGCAUACUUCGCCCGUAUCAAUCUCAUGGUUGAAACUCCUGGACUGCCCAGCCGUAUGAGGUUUAUGUUGAUGGAUAUCAUCGAUCUCCGUGCUUCUCGUUGGGUUUCCAAGGACUCCGACAAAGGUCCCAAGACCAUCCACGAGAUUCGUGAAGCAGCUGCUCGUGCCCAGCAAGAAGCCGACAUGGAGCGGAUGCGCCAGCAGGCCAACCGUGGAGGCGGUGGCCGCCCCCAGAUGGGCCGUGGCGAUGCGCGCAGCUUCAGUGGUUACGGCCACCAGGCGCCUCCGCCAGACUACGCCUCGAGCAAGGUCGGCAGCGAUGACCUCCGCCGCCUGCGAGCCACCCGCAACACCAACCAGCCCAUGUCAUUCGGCCCGUCGAGCCUGCUUGGCUCGCGCAGCAGCAGCGGCCGCAAGAACCUGGGUCCCGGCGGCAAUCUGGUCCGGGGCAGCGAUGACAGCGCAGCCAGCAGCCGCACCGGCACACCCCCUGCCGGCAAGAAGGAAGACAAGGAGGCCGCCUCGUCGAUCAAUGCUUUCAGUGCCCUCGCCAGUCUGGAAGACCGGGACAACCUGGCCACCUCGCCCCCGUCGAACCCUACCUCCCCCAUGCUCACCAAGUCCCAACCGGCCGCCGCUGAGCGCCGACCCUCCAAAACCCCGUCGAAGGAUGGCGAGAACGCAGCAUAG